GCAUAUACGAAGGCUGUUGCUAGACUGAUACUCUGAGUUGCAGUGGCUGUCCUGAUCUGGAUCAGAUUCUCUAUUAGUUGUCUUUCCCCGGAUUGCUGGGUGUUCUUGGCACCCUCGGGAUUCAUUUUCCGAUGCAGUGCAUCCCAUCUUCUUCCCCACAAUCGUUCUUUUUUUUUCUUCUGCAUCCUCUUCUGGAGUCUGUACGAGUCAGCCAAGCGAGAAUUCUCCACUGACUGCAUCUUCCUUUGGUUGUGCGCGUGACCUGCUGUGUUCGGAAUUCAACGUGGGAGUGGAUCCGGGACUGCACCUCCGUCCCAGAUAUAUAUUUAUUGAACUCUCUCAUGCUGGUGGACAACGCAGUCAACAUCAAUCGUCUUAAACCAUCUCCAACAUGGGUUCCAACGGACUUCGCACCAGCUCCAACCGGCUAUUUCAGCUGGAUUCCGUCAAUGUAGAGGACUUCAAGAAAAUCUGCUCCCAGACCACCGACCCCAGCACCUACCCGCUGGCCGAGGCCGUGCAGAAGAACAUCCCCAUCUAUGAUGCCUCCACCUUCGAUCCCCUGAGUGCGGAAACCACCCCGGCUCUCCAAGCAGAAUGGCAUCACAUUCUUGAAUCUGGACCGGGCAUCUUCGUCCUCAAAGGCAUGUACCAUCCCUCCCGGUACACAGACACCUUGAACGCCACCAACACGGCUUUUCAACACAUCAUCGACCGGGAGCGCCAGUCCCUGGGUCCCAAGGGCGACCAUUUCGCUGCCAGCGGGAAGAAUGACCGCAUUUGGAACUCCUUUAGCAAGCACGCCUUUGUCGACCCCAGCUCUUUCAUCGACUACUACAGCAAUCCCUGGCUGCGUGUGGUUAGUGAAGCCUGGCUAGGCCCCGCCUAUCGGGUGACCGCCCAGGUCAAUAUCGUCAAGCCCGGUGGCGCCGCCCAGAAUAGCCACCGAGACUACCAUCUUGGAUUCCAAGAGCUGGAUCGAUGUGCGGCAUUCCCGCGGAGUGUUCAAAUCGCCAGCCAGUAUCUCACGUUGCAGGGGGCCGUCGCACAUAGCGAGAUGCCGGCAGAGAGCGGUCCCACGCGGUUCCUGCCGUUUAGCCAGACAUAUGCGCCGGGAUAUCUGGCAUGGCGCCGGGACGACUUCCGGGCAUACUUCAAAGAGAACUAUGUGGCGUUGCCGUUGGAGUUUGGCGAUGGGUUGUUCUUCAAUCCGGCGGUAUUCCAUGCCGCAGGGGCCAACGACAUGGCCGAGAGCACGGGCUUCCAUCGCAAGGCAAACCUGUUGCAGAUUGGAUGUGCCUUGGGCAAAACGAUGGAGCACAUCGAUGCAGUACCGGUGGUGGACAAGUGCUGGGAGGAGGUCAGUGAGAAGUAUCGCCGGCAGGGAGGGCUGAAUGCAGAGUUGGAGGCAUGGGUAUAUGCCGUGGCAGAUGGCUAUCCGUUCCCCUCGAACCUGGAUCGUCGCCCCCCUGCUCCGAGUGGGAUGGCACCGGAGAGCGAGCAAGAGAUGAUUCUGCGGGGUUUGAAGGAGGGUUGGAAUCGGACCAGGAUUGUGGAGGAGCUGCGAGCGCUGCAGCGAGAGGGACGGGGGCACCAGGAGGUGUAGUUGAUAAAUAUGCAUUCUGUUGUACGUAUAGAUAGCUGAUCAUAAACUUAUGGAGGACCAUUUCUCCGAUGCGACCGUA